AUGGUGAAGGCAGCCGGCCUCAGGAUGCUGGUAGACACUGGCGCCAUGCAUUUGGUAUUCCCUCUGUCAGCUGAGGACCGCAGCUGCGCCCCUGAUGACCAGACUGCCAACAUAGCUGCCAAAGGAGCCCCCAUCUGCACCUAUAGCACCAGGACCCAGAGCAUCACAUUCCUGGGCCGGACCUACACCUGGCCUUUCGUCCUCGCUGAUGUACGAACCCCUCUCCUGGGGGCGGACUUCCUUGACUACCACGGCCUCUUGGUAGGCGUGACCCGCCAACACCUCCUCAACACCAAGACCUGCCUCUCCUGCCCACUCACCACAGGACUGAGGGCGCCCACCAUCUGCUCCAUUCUUCCCCACCACAGGUACGCCUCCCUUCUACAAGAGUUCCCGGACGUCUUCCACCCCGAGCUUCGCCAGGUGGCAGGGGCUGUGCCCAAGCAUGGUGUCUACCACUACAUAGAAACCAAGGGCCCCGGAUGCACGCCAAGUUCCGCUGCCUUCCGCCGAAGCUCCUCCAGGAAGCCAAGACCGCAUUCAAGGUGA